AUCCUUGGUCACCUGCCUCUCUUCCUCGUCCCAUAAUCUUCCACCGCCACUGUCCCUUCUUUUCUUCCUCAUUUCCCACUGCUCCGCCUGUGGAACGCCAAACUCCGCCACCUCUCCACCUGCUGUCGAACGCCGAACGCUGCCGCCUCUGCUCCUGCUAUGCAACGCUGAACGCGGCCGUCGUUGCUCCUUGGAAAACUGAACGUAGCCCUAUCACAGCACAAGCCGACCUAGUUAUCUUCUAAUGGCAAUUCGCGCCAUUUUAAGAUCAAGAUUUGUGAAACUCAGUACAGCACUACUUCAAAACCUAACAAAACAGACCCAAUUACCUCCACAAUUCCAAGCUUUAGACUUCACCACAAUAUCAAACCGUCACAAUCCCAACUCUAGUGGGUCGAGGCAAUACCAUGACGGGAGGCCUAGAGGACCCCUUUGGAGAGGCAAGAAACUCAUUGGCAAAGAAGCUCUUUUUGUAGUCCUUGGAUUAAAGAGGUUUAAAGAUGAUGAAGAGAAGCUUGCUAAGUUUAUUAAAUCCCAUGUCUUGAGAUUGUUAAAACUCGAUAUGAUUGCUGUUCUCACUGAGCUUGAGCGUCAGGAAGAGGUUUCUUUGGCUAUCAAGAUAUUUGAAGUGAUUCAAAAGCAAGAUUGGUAUCUGCCUGAUGUGUAUCUAUACAAGGACUUGGUCCUUCUAUUAUCACGAAACGGGAAAAUGGAUGAAGCGAUGAAGCUGUGGGAAGCAAUGAGAAGCGAGAAUUUGUUCCCGGACUCUCAAAUGUACACAGAAAUCAUCAGGGGAUACUUAAAAGAUGGAUCUCCGGGCGAUGCAAUGAACGUAUACGAGGACAUGAAGAAAUCGCCUGAUCCACCCGAUGAAUUACCAUUUAGGGUUUUGUUAAAGGGGCUUCUUCCUCACCCACUUCUAAGGAACAGAGUGAAGCAAGAUUAUGAAGAGCUUUUUCCUGAGAAACAUAUUUAUGAUCCACCAGAAGAAAUUUUUGGUAUACGCUAAGUUUUGCAUGUUAUAAAGUUAUAAACAAUCUAUUUGGUCUUCUGCAUCUCUUUUCUUAAACUGGUUUUAAAUUUUAAGUUUCUGCA